AUGCUCAUCGACGACCCAAGCACCUCGACCCCGGACGAUUACAGCCUGCACCCAUGCGAGUGCUUCCCGGAGUCUUGGGGAACCUCUGCCCCCGUCACCAGCAAGAGCUUCCAGCAGGUGCCGCCGGGAAGCAACAACGCCUUCAGGCCGCUUGCCGUCCGACUCCUGCAAGGGGGCCCCAUGUGCCCGCAGGAGUCCUUGCAGGACAUCAAGUACGGCUCGGAUGAAGCCCGCUGCCAGGCCUACUGUGAGACGAAAGCUUGCAGCUUCUUUUGGGCUGGUAGCUUCCAUGGGGAGAAGCAGUGCAGGCUGUACAGUGCAUGCAGAUUCUUGGUCCAAACCGAGAAUGCCCAGGGCAGUCUCAUGGCCGUGUCCCGCACAGGGAAGUUUUGCCACCGAGCCGAUCCCACGAAGUGCUUCGGUUCUUACCUGCGCCGCAGCUUCCUCGGUGCUGGGACAGAGCCGACCAAGGCUUCGGUUCCCGGAGGCCCUUGCCCCUAUGAGGACUUGGCGAGGCAGUGCGACUGGCAGCUGAUCCUUGGCGGCCCGGUGCAGGACUGCUACCGCUGCGACUACGCUGUUCUGGAUGAUAUGAGCUGGCAGCAGAAGCGGCCGUUACCCGAGACCUUCUCCUCUGGCCAGCAGUUGCGCGUCGCGUGCUGGUCCGCGCACUUUGCACCAGUCACAGCAGCCGCCAUGCCCGGAAAGGUGCCGGACAAGUACACGGUGUCUUGCGCUGCAGGGAGCUGGUUUGGUCCCAAAGGCCAGGCGCUGCAGGAGUUUGCCUGUGGCGCCUGUGUGCAGCUGGUACGGCCUGGCUACGCCACCCACCAGUCCCAGCACCGACAAGAGCUCUAUUUCAGCCCCAGCGUGAAGAUGCAAGUCAUUGUGGAUGGUGGGCAUCAAGCAGCGCUUCUCCCGGAUUCGAGGCACAUGCCGUUGGCCUUUGACUGGCCCAGCACAUGCAUCGGAUAUUUCACAAGUGGCGAUGAUUGCCAUGCGGAUCGGUUGUUCCAAGUCAAAAGAGUGCAGACGCCGGUGACCAACUGCAGAUCUUGGGAGGGCUAUUCAUGGAUGUGCACUGGUAUCAACCAUACAGGGCUGUCAGGCUGGCAGUCAGCGGACACCGUGUCUUGCUUAAGCAGGGAGGGAGGAAACUUGGUACUGAAAGAGACCACCUUCGACUGGUGCAAGACAGCCUCUCUCGAUAUCAUCGACGGUGAGUUUGGUGGUCCUGGUCCUGGUGAGUUCUGCCCCAGGUCCGCAGCAGAGGGCCCAGACCGCGUGAGCUUCUUUUUGGCGACGGAUGUGAGCUUGCUCCAGUUCCGAAAAGAAGGGAAGAUGCGGACCGCUUGGAGAAGCUGCCUGAUAAUCACCUGGCCUGACAACACAUACUUCACCGCGGAGAGCCCCAAGAGCGCAGAAGACGAUUCCUUCCAGCUGAGAGGUGCAGGCUCCGACUCCUGUGUUGAGGUCACCACGAUCCAGGCGAACGGUUCGCUCGGCCUGACCGUUGGCGCCUGUCAAAAUCCUGCAGGGGGGUUGCCUCAGCAUCAGGCCAUGAACGAGAAGGCUCUUAGGGAGAGCAUGAUGGCGCGGCUUCAGUUUCAGAACAAGGUCAACGGCAAGUGUUCCCCGGACCAGUGGCCGAAUUGCAAAGUCAGCAGCGAAUGCAGCGAUUCCAAUCAUGGUGCCUUGACGGGGGUAAGCUUGGAGGGCAAGCAGCUGCCUUGCAGCACAACGCCGAUCAGCACCAGCCGCGAUUAUGCCACCGGCUGGAUCGACUUUGGCACGAAGUCGGCGAAGUAUGAGGUGCAGUGCCCCGACGGGACGGUGCUGAGCGCCUUCCAUUACGUGUACAGAUCCGGGCAGGGCCAGUUCUCCUACACGUGUGUUCGUGCCACAGCCUUGGGCUCCUGCCAGAACGUCGCCAUUAGCGCCGAGGGCUUGGAGGCUGCGUGCCCCAAGGGGGCGGCCCUCCAGUCCUUUGUCCUGAAGAAGGGCCCGGAUCUCAAGAGACUUGCAGAGAGCCGCCGUUUCUGUUUCCCUGAGCCCCAGUCCAGCUGCAGCCCAGCCGAAUCUCGAGGCUCCUCGGGCUGGAGCAUCGUGCCACGGCCCGGGCCUUAG